AUGACAAUCAGUGACAACAAAUUCAUCACUCAACCAAGUGACAAGACCCCAUACUUCAUUCCAAAAGUGGAUACUCCAGUAGGAACAGCUUCUCCAACAAAUGAGUCUGAAAAAAUUCCAAAAUUAUUCACCCCAUUAACCAUCAAGACUACAAAAUUUGCCAAUAGAGUUGGUGUUUCUCCAAUGUGUACCUAUUCAGCAGCCCAUGAAGGUGAAAAUGUCGGUAAAAUAACACCUUUCCAUAUCGCACAUUACGGUUCUUUUGCUCUUAGAGGUCCAGGUUUGAUCAUUAUCGAAGCUAGUGCAGUUUCACCGGAAGGUAGAUUAUCACCAGAAGAUUUGGGUAUUUGGACUGAUGAGCAAGCUUUGGAAUUGAAGAAAGUUGUGGAUUUGGCCCAUUCUCAAGGUGUGAAAAUUGGUAUUCAAUUAGGUCAUGGUGGUAGAAAAUCUUCAGGUACUGCAAUGUAUAAUCAUUUGAUGAAAGGUGUUGGUGAGAAAGAGUUUGGUUGGAGUGAUAUUCCUGGGAAAAUUGUUGGUCCUAGUGCAAUAAGUUUCUCCAAGGAUGCUUAUGUUGUUCCAACUGAAUUGACUACUGAACAAGUUGAAGAGAUUGUUGAAAAGUUUGGUAAAGCUGCUAAAAGAGCUUAUGAUAUUUCUGGAUUCGACUUUGUGGAGAUCCAUGGUGCUCAUGGUUACUUGAUCAGUAGUUUCCUAUCAGCUACUUCUAAUCAAAGAUCAGAUAAAUACGGUGGUUCUUUUGAAAAUAGAAUAAGAAUAUUGUUGGAUAUUAUUGAUGUUGUUAAAGAUGAUAAACAUCCAUUAUUUGUUCGUGUCUCCGGAUCUGAAAAUGCACCACACAUCCCAGAAGCAUGGACUGUUGAAGAUACAGUGAAAUUAUCAGAUUUCUUGAUUCAACAUGGUGUUGAUGUUCUCGAUGUUUCAUCUGGUGGUAACAAUGCAAAUGCUGAAAGAAGAAAAGCUACACAAGGUUAUCAAGUCCCACUGGCCAAAGCUGUUAAGGAUCAUGUCGGUGAAAAACUAUUCGUUGCUACUGUUGGUAAAAUUGAAGAAGCAGAGUUUGCAAACAAGGUUGUUGAAGAUGGUGAAGCUGAUUUUGUAUUGAAUGGUAAAUUGUUCCUUAAAAACCCAGGUUUAACAUGGAAAUGGGCCGAUGAUUUAGGAGUCAAAUUGGCACAUGCUAAGCAGUAUGAAUGGCCAUUCUAUCCACCACCAUUUUAA